AUGACGGUUUCUGCACCUGAUGAAAGGUUCGAGGCCACUUAUGCUGUUGAAAUGCAUUGCGAAAGUUGCGUGAAAGACAUCACAUCGUGUCUUUCGUCGAUUCCCGGUAUUUCGCUGGGAUUCCAUGUUCCUGAAAAGCUGUUGGAAGUCACCGGCACGGUAGCUCCAUCCGUCAUAAUAUCGAAACUCCAAGACUGUGGCAGAGAUGCGAUUAUAAGAGGCACAGGGAAACCAGAUAGCGCUGCGGUUUCCAUCUUGGAGACUUUCGAGCCCAUAGCGUCCAACGACACGCCUGUGAGAGGGUUGGCCCGUAUAGUCAACGUUGGGCCAUCGAAGACGUGGUUUGACAUUACCUUGAACGGCGUCGAAAAGCCAGGGAAAUACUAUGCAUCCAUCAGAAACAACGGAGACAUUUCACAAGGUGCCAAGUCCACGGGUGGAAGCUUUUAUGAGUUUUCGGUUCCUAUCGAGUGCAAUUCGAAAAGUGACUUUGGAGAGAACUUAUACAGCGGACAAGCAUUUUUAAGCUCUUCGUUGCAGAUAUGGGAACUCGUAGGACGUAGCUUCAUGGUGAGUGCGGAUCCAAAAAAUAGGCCGGGUGCAGGUUCCGAAUUCUGUGGUGUUAUUGCACGCAGUGCGGGUGUGUGGCAGAACGACAAACAAGUGUGUGCUUGUAGUGGAAAGACCAUUUGGGAGGAACGGAAAGAAGCCUUGCGGCAGAAUAUCACCAAGUAG